CUCAACUCCUUUCUCAUAUAUCCUCAUAGCGUUUCAAAGUUCAAACCAAUUCACAACUACAUCAAAAACCUUCGUAUCAAUCAUCAGCUCUCACUUUAAUCAAAACUUUGUUGAUCAACCAAAAGUAUCCUUUGUUACUUCUCAAUCUUCCCCAGGUUUUCUCAUUUGGGUUUUGAAUUUUUCGAUUAGAUGGACCAAGAAAUCGACGUUCCCUCGUUUUUUCUCUGCCCCAUUUCUCUAGAAAUCAUGAAGGAUCCCGUCACAAUCUCUACCGGGAUCACAUACGAUCGGGAGAGCAUAGAGAAAUGGUUGUUCUCGAGCAAGAACAAGACUUGUCCCGUUACCAAACAAGUGGUUUCGGAGGAUUCCGACAUAACUCCAAACCACACUCUUCGCCGGUUGCUCCAAGCUUGGUGCACAAUGAACGCUUCUCAUGGCAUCGAAAGGAUCCCAACUCCAAAGCCGCCAGUCAACAAAUCCCAGAUCGCUAGGCUCCUCCGAGACGCCAAAAAGUCUCCAAACGGUCUGGCAAAAUGCCUCCGCGAGCUUCGAUCCAUUUCGUCCGACAGCGAAGCCAACAAGAAAAGCAUCGAAGCCGCCGGUGCAGUCGAGUUCCUUGCUUCAACGAUAAUCAACAACAUCAAGAACGACAGAGAAAAUGUUGAAAACGAAGACGCUUUGAGCAUCCUCCAUAACCUAAAUCUCAGCGAAGAUGUUCUCAAAACCCUAAUAGGCAAAGAGGGUGAGUUUGUCGAGGCCUUGAUCAAACUCAUGCAACGCGGGAGCUACGAGUCUCGAGCGUACGCUGUGAUGUUGUUGAGAUCAAUUUUUGAGGUUGCUGAGUCAACGAGGAUGGCAAACGUAAAACCCGAAUUUUUCGCCGAAGUUGUUCAGGUCUUAAAUGAUCAGAUCUCACAACAGGCCUCAAAAGCCACAUUGCAACUGUUGAUCCAGCUCUGUCCGUGGGGACGUAACAGAAUCAAAGCCGUUGAAGCAGGGGCGGUUAUGGUCCUGAUUGAACUUCUUUUGGAUACUUCUUCCGAUAGGAGAACCUUGGAAAUGACACUCAUGGUGCUUGACAUGAUAUGUGGCUGCGCGGAAGGCCGCGCAGAACUGCUGACUCAUGGCGCAGGGCUCGCUGUGGUGUCUAAGAAGAUAAUGAGGGUCUCAAAGGUGGCCAGCGAGAGGGCAGUAAGGAUUUUGUUCUCCAUUUGCAAGUUUUCAGCGACGUCGAGUGUUUUGCAGGAGAUGAUGCAAUUGGGUGUUGUGGCGAAGCUGUGCUUAGUUCUUCAAGUGGAUAGUGGCAGCAAGACCAAGGAUAAGGCUAGAGAGGUCUUAAAAUUGCAUGGAAGGACAUGGAAGAAUUCUACUUGUAUACCAAGCAAUUUGGUUUCUUCUUAUCCAUCUUGAAAGAGAGAGUUGUGACUUUCUCUAUUUUUAGUAAUUUUCCAUUUUUGUGUACAUAAUUGAUUUGUGGUUGGUUUUACGACAAAGAGAUACAGACUAAUGGACUGGAUUACAGUUCCAUAUAUAAAUGUUUGAUUGCGUUCA